UAAAUAACUUCCAUGGCAGCCCCUCCUUACUCGUCUACAGAGGAGCCAACAAAUGCCUGUCGAGCCUGUCGACUUCUCCUGGGUCCUUGUACAGAUCAGUUUAGGGAUGUUUUCCGUCAUUUUGUACCACCAUCAUCAUUUCAACACGUAAUUCUACGUAAAACAAGUGACCUUCCACGUCUGACAGCACCCCAGAUGAAUCUCAUUUUACCUAGAGGAAGUAGUUAUACUGGAAACUAUAGUGAUAUGGACAUUUCUCUAUUGUACAUCCUACUUAGAAACAUUUGCAGCAUACCACCACACAGCAAAGGCUGGGGAAAUGCACCAGACCCUGCUGAUAGAUCUCUCUCUGCCAGCAUUGAACGCGUCCAUACAGCCAGAAAUCAGUGUGUAAUUUCAUCAAGUUCAGUCCUCUCCGAUGCUGAUUUCAACACAAUCUGGUCCACUGUCAGAUCAGCAGUUGUGGACCUUGAUUCUUUUCUUAACAACGGAAAUCUUUUCAAAAGUCAGGUGGAUAUUAUCAAACAAGAGACAAUGGACCCUGUCGGUGAUCAGCAUUUCAUUGAAGAACUGAAGAAACAGAUAGAGGAAGAUGCACCGACAAAAGAAAUAGUGCAUGACUUACAAAAUAAGAUAGAGAAAAGUGAUGCUGAUCGAGUUGAAAAACAAAAUGAAAUGCAAAGAAUUCUUGAUGAAAUCAAGACACCAAAGAGCGUCAUCCCUCCAAAUGUAAAGGAUAACCAUGAAAAACAAAUUUAACAAUGGAUAGAAGAAGAUAAGGUCUUCAGCAAAACGCAUAACUUCGAAGAAAUACUUGAUAAAGUCAAAGAGCGACCCUAUUUGACUUUUGUUGGAAUCCCAGGAUCAGGAAAAU